CGUGUCGAAGCUGCCCGACGGGCCCGUCAACGCCCUGUGCGGCGCCUCGGCCGGCGUUGCGUCCGGCAUCGUGACGUGCCCGCUCGAUGUCAUCAAGACCCGUCUGCAGGCCCAGGGCUCGUUCCGCCCGCGCCCCUACUCGGGCCCCGCCCGCGUCGUCUAUAAGGGCCUCUCGGGCACCGCGCGCACCAUCUGGCUCGAGGACGGCGUCCGCGGCCUGUAUCGCGGCCUCGGCCCCAUGCUGCUGGGCUACAUUCCCACCUGGGCCGUCUACAUGAGCACCUACGAGUCGACCAAGGACCUGCUGAACGAGCGCAUGGAGAACAAAUGGCUCGCACGAACAAUCGCCUCAAUCACCGCCGGCGCCUCCUCGACCUUUGUCACGAACCCCAUCUGGGUCGUCAAGACCAGGCUCAUGUCGCAGGUCAGCGCCCGCGCCUCGCCUGAGCACCGUCCGCCGUGGCACUACAAGAACACCUUUGAUGCAUUCCGUAAGAUGUAUGCCACAGAAGGCAUUCGGUCCUUCUACUCUGGACUCUCGCCCGCGCUACUCGGACUCACCCAUGUUGCCAUACAGUUCCCGCUGUACGAGUACCUGAAGAUGCGAUUCACUGGCCUGGAGAUGGGCAAGGCAGGCGGACAGUCUGAGGAAGUCCACUGGUUUGGCAUCAUGGCCGCAACCGUGCUCAGCAAAGUCUGCGCGACAACAGCCACAUAUCCCCACGAGGUCCUGCGCACUCGCCUGCAGACCCAGCAGCGGUCGUUGCCAUCUGCUUCCCACGACCACGUAUCGUUCCAAGGAGGGCGACACGGUAUAGGACACCAAACACGCCCUCCAGGCACGGCCUCCUCUGACGGCAUGAUCAACAUGCCCAGAUAUCGAGGAGUGAUCAAAACGUGUAGCGUCAUUCUACAGGAAGAGGGCUGGAGGGCCUUCUACAACGGCAUGGGCACUAACAUGGUGCGCGCCGUUCCUGCUGCUGUCACGACCAUGAUGACUUUCGAGUCACUGAAGUUGGUCCACCAGAAGCUCAAGAUGGAGGGCAAGCGGAUACAAGAAGAAGACAGCGAGUACCGUGGAGCAUGACCAUAGUCGUGGAUGUGGUUCAAGAGCAAGACAUCAUCAGAGGCGUUUCGCAAAGUAGUGGCACGAUAUCCCAGUGAGCAUUCCAGUUUCUGUUCUCACAUGUGUACAUACAUCUCAGCAUUAUCUCGUAUGCGACAUGCAGUUGCAUCGGCUCCUAGGCGUUGGCAGGAUACCAACGGUAUAUGGGUUGGGUUAUUAUUACGUCGCCUAAGUAUCGUCAAUGCAAUCUUUCAGAA